AUGUCUGAUACAUGUCGGUCUAAGUAUUCUUGUAUAAAAUGUAGACGAGCUCAUAAUACUCUGCUACACUUUGAAGGGCAUGUUCAAGACGUUACGUCUGCAGUUACUGACCCAAAAGAUAACGAAGCCGCAUUUAACGUCGAAAAGGGUUCUGAUGGAGAUCAAGUGUCAUUAUUAGUAAAUUACAAGAACAGUCACGUGUUUCUGUCAACCGCGGUUGUACUAGCAGCUGAUAAAUUUGGUAAUGACCGUCAAUGUCGGACUAUAUUGGAUAGUGGGUCUCAGGUAAAUUUCAUAUCCAAGAGUCUGUACAACAAGUUGCAACUGCCGACAAGGUGUUCAAUUCUGCCAAUAAACGGUAUUGGAUCAAGUCACGUGCAGUCAAGUUCCUGUGUGGAAGUGCAACUCAAGUCAAGAGUGACAAAUUUCAGCUUAAAUCUAUCUUGUUAUAUAUUGCCGGUAAUCGUGGACACACUACCCGCAGUAGCCUCCCCAGCGCAUGGUUGGAAUAUACCAGAAGAACUAGUAAAGGGCUUGGCGGAUCCGAUGUUUUUCGAGGCAGGGUCAGUAGACUUGCUUAUUGGGGGAGGCUCGUUCUUCGAUCUUUUGGACCCGGAACGAGUUCAUUUGGGAGUGGAUUCACUGUGCCUGCAAGGUAGCAAAUUCGGCUGGAUAGUGACAGGUGAAAUUGGUGUAAUUUCUCUCCCGGGCGUUGCAUCGAUGGGACAGUUGUUAGAAGAAGAUUGGAGAGCGUUGAAGGACAAAGAAGAUAAUCUAUACGGACGGCAUUCAAAAACCAAUCUCAAGUUGUCGGAAGAGAAGCAGACCGUUGAACAUUUCAAGGAGAACACAAAGAGGGAAACGGACGGCCGGUUUAUCGUAAGAUUGCCAUUGAAGCCCUUAGUCGAAGAGCUCGGUGAUACGCUGAAAAUCGCAACCACCCGUUUUUUAAGUGUAGAAAGGAGGCUAAUGCGAGAUGAGAAGCUUAAAGGGGAAUACACUAGAUUUAUGGAGGAAUACCUUGCUCUUGGGCACAUGGAAGAGGUAAUUGAUGAAGAUCAAAUACCUAAGCGAUCAUUUUACCUACCUCACCAUGCAGUGAUUAAGGAGUCGAGCCUAACCACUAAGGUCCGCGUUGUAUUCGAUGCUUCUGCAAGGAGUUCGACUGGUGUUACGCUCAAUGAUGUUUUGAUGUGUGGACCAAAUGUACAGGAGGAUGUCUUCUCCAUAUUAGCAAGAUUCAGGAAGCAUCAAUACGUGCUAACAUCAGACAUCGAAAAAAUGUUUAGACAGGUAGCAGUUGCUAAAACAGAUUGGGAUCUCCAGCGAAUAGUGUGGAGGGCAAACCCCAGUGGCCCGCUGCGCACGUUCCGACUCACCACCGUAACUUAUGGGACAACAUCGGCAUCAUUUCUCGCAACUCAGUGCCUAGUAACCUUAGCGGAAAAUGUGAAAGAAUCCUACCCUGAUACAGCUCAAAUAAUUGGAAGAGACUUUUACAUGGAUGACCUCAUGACAGGAGCUGACACCGAAGAGGAAUGUUUGAAGUCGCAACAAGAGAUAAGUGAUAUUUUGAACUCCGCCAAACUCAAAUUGCGAAAAUGGUGUUCAAAUUCUGUGAGGGUAUUAGAUAAGAUAGACAAGGUUGAGGACGACCCGCUCUUUACCCUAGAGAUUAAAGAUGGAAGUACUGUGAAGUCUCUGGGUUUAGGUUGGAAACCAUUAGUAGAUCAGUUUCACUUCAACAUCUCCAUAGAUCCGUCGUUGAACAAAUGCACAAAGAGGUCACUAUUAUCUGAUUUGAAUCGUGUCUUUGACCCACUUGGAUUCUUAUGCCCUGUCUUAUUAAGAGGAAAAAUGUUUUUGCAGCAAAUAUGGUCGAUGAAAAUAGAUUGGGACACGGAACUUUCUUCUGACAUUCUAGGAAGGUGGAAAUCAUUCAUUAGUGACUUACAGGAUCUUAAAUGUUUAUCUAUCCCAAGGAAGGUGAAACCGUUGUCAAAGCAUCCUCCCGAAAUACAUGGGUUCUGCGACGCCUCCCAGGAGGCAUAUGGAGCUUGCAUCUAUAUCAGGACGAGAGAUAAUCAAGGAAAGUGGAGUUCACAGCUUCUUUGUGCAAAGACAAGAGUGUCACCGCUGAAGGAAUGGACCAUACCUCGACUAGAGUUAAGUGGCGCCUUGCUGCUAGUGGAAUUAGCAAACAAGGUCGCUGAGUCAUGGUCUGUUGAACUACAUACAUUCCAACUGUGGACAGACUCAUCAAUAGUAUUAGGGUGGCUAAAUAGUCAAAAUACACGGUUAAAAACGUUUGUAGCUAACCGAAUCAAUCAAAUACUAGAUUGUACCAACGUUAAACAAUGGCACCACAUUAGGAGCGAGGAUAAUCCAGCUGAUGUGGCAUCAAGGGGAUUAAAGCCGACAGAAAUAUUACAUUGCACUAAGUGGUGGAAUGGACCUAGUUGGCUCACAACAGAGGAACACAAUUGGAAAAAUGAAGCUGAAUCAAUAGUCAAAGAAGAAGACCUGCCUGAGAUAAGACCAAUUCGUCUUGCGCUAAUAACGACCAGCAUAACCAGUGAUUUGCUGCCCUUAUAUUCAGAUUGGAUCAAGCUUGUUCGUGCAAUCGCUUGGUUAGGAAAAUUCAUAGAGUUCAGGCGAGCCAAGAAAACAGGAAGCACGUUACCACGGUACCUUACAGUAACAAAUCUCCGCUUAGCAGAACUUAGAUUAAUAAAGGGAGCGCAAGCCGACGAGUUUGGAAUAGACCUUACGAAUCUCCUAGCAGGAAGGUCAGUUCGGAAAGGAAGCGUUCUCAGAACCUUGUGCCCGUUUAUUAGUGAAGAUGGAAUAAUUUUGGUUGGAGGGCGACUUGAAAAUUCUGAUAUUGCUGAGACUCAAAAGCAUCCAAUAGUAUUACCCUCAAAGCAUAAAGUAACAAGAUUAAUCUUCGAAGAUCAACAUAGAGCAUUGCACCAUUGUGGACCCCAAGCUCUUUUGGCCGCUGUCCGACAACGUUAUUGGCCACUACGAGGUAGAGUAAUGGCACGAUCUGUAGCAUCUCGCUGCGUCACCUGUAUUCGCUCAAGGCCACGAUUCGAGAACCCAGUGAUGGCACCUUUGCCGAAGAAUCGCGUGCAAUUUUCAAGACCGUUCACAACAACAGGCGUUGAUUUCGCAGGACCCUUGCUGAUCCGAAGUGGCAUACGUAGAGUAACAGCAAUAAAAACUUGGAUAGCAGUAUUUGUAUGUUUCACAACCAGAGCGAUUCACCUAGAGGCAGUAGUUGGACUCACAAGCGACGCAUUCAUGGCAUCAUUGCGACGCUUUAUGUCCAGACGAGGGAAAUGUAGGAAGAUAUAUAGUGACAACGGAACUAACUUCGUAGGUGCGCAAAAGGAGUUGUCCAGUUACGUGGAAGGCACUGAAGAUCUCAUGGCCCGGGAAGGGGUAGAAUGGCACUUCAACCCACCAUCAGCCCCUCAUUUCGGUGGCUUAUGGGAGAGCGCCGUAAAGAGUGUAAAAACUCAUUUAGUUCGCGUCAUCAAGGAUACACGGCUCAAUCUUGAAGAGCUACAAACGCUAUUAUGCCAAAUUGAAGCGUGCGUCAACUCUCGACCUAUGACUCCAUUGAAUACUGAUCCAAGUGAGCCCAAUGCCCUGACACCCGCCCACUUCCUAGUAGGCGGUACCUUGUUGUUACCAGCGGAACCCGAGAUACCACAAACCGAAGUAGCGCGCUUAAAACGUUGGAAAUUUGUACAAGGUCUAAUGCAAAUAUUUUGGAGACGAUGGUAUAGCGAGUACUUACCACAGCUUCAAGUCAGGGGAAGAUGGUUGACCUCAAAAAGGGGAAUGGCAAUAAAUGACGUGGUAAUAAUAAAGGAAGAUUGCACUCCACCGACAAGAUGGAAGUUGGGAAGAAUAGUCAAGGUGCACCCAGGAGGCGAUGGUAUCGUUCGUGUAGUGACGUUACGUACUAUUACCGGAGUUGAAAUGCAAAGGCCUGUCGCUAAGCUAUCUUUACCUUCUGAAUUUCAAUCGGACUCUACUACUGCGGGUAAUUUUAAUGAAGAUGAUGAUGUAAGUAACUCCAAUGGUGAAACAGAUGAUGAAUGUUCUAAUCUAGAUAUAGUUAAUUUUAAUACUGUGCUCACAAACCCAGGACGACUUGAAUCAAAUAAUGAUAGUAUAUUUUUGCCUCCGCAUAUUACUUGUUGUGCACAUAGCCUAAAUUUAAUUGCAACUAAUGAUAUUUCUAUUAUCGACGAUAAUAAGUAUAGCAAAAUUUCUGAAUUAACAUUUCAAAAAUUGUCAAGUUUUUGGAAUCUAUCUAGUAGGAGCACAGUUGCAUCUGAUAAAGUAUUAGAAAUAUGUGGCUCCUCAAUUAGUCAUCCUAAAUUUAAAUUAAGUUGGAUACCACCUCGUUUUAUGGAUGUGUGCAAAAAACAAUUUUUGGACGAAUGUUUUCAAAUGUAUACUGCUCAAAAACCAAGUGAAACAAUUUCUGAAAGUGAUAGUGAUUUGAGUGACGGGGAAUUUUACUCAUGCUUGCAGGAAAAUUAUAACGACUCUACAUCUUUCUCUGAUGGACCACUAGACCAAAAUAGUUUCAGAUCUACCAAUGUUUCCCGUGUCCAAGCGUUGAAUUUUUUAAAUUCUAAAAAGAAGGAACUCUGUAUGUUGGAAAACCAUCCUAUAGUAAAACAAGGUUUUUUAAAAUAUAACACUUCUAUUCCAUCAUCAGCUCCUGUUGAAAGACUUUUCAGUGGAGCAAUUCAAGUUUUAACACCAAGAAGAAAUCGUCUUAGUGACAAGACAUGUGAAAUGUUACUAUGCUGCAAAUCAAAUACCUAA